AUGACUGGUCGGGUGCCCGCUGAUGAUGUUCUGAACAACGCUGUGGGCGACAACUACUUCAGUCUGAAGAGUACCUACUUUGGCCUGCCCGAGGAGCGGCUCUCUUCGGGGCUCCAGGGCAGGAUGGAGGUCGCUUUUGCGCCCGCGCUAUCGUCGAUGGCGCUCGCGCAGAAUAGCGUGCUAGCCAACCAGCCCGACCAAGUCGCGCGGUGUCUAGAGAGCGUGGCGGCACGUAUCGUAAAGUGCGCCCACGUCUUCGACGCCAUGACUCCACGCGACACUGCGAACUUUGACCCUGUCGUCUGGAUAAAGACCUAUCCCGCUAUGGGUCGCGCGGUGACGUCCGGAGAGUUGGGCAACAGUGGCGUCGAUGCACCGCUAUUCCAUGCGCUGGACGUCUUUAUCGGUCGCCAACAGGUCAAGGGUGAUUUGAGAGGGAUGCAGAGCGACCGACGGGCCACGCUACCGACCAAUAUUCGCGCCUUCUUGGAUGCCCUUGGGGAUGACGCCGGAAGCGUCAGAGACUACGUCGCCGCUGCCCGUGCCCAGCUAGAAUAUGUUCCCUCCGAAGAGCAGGCACAGUACAAACAUCUCUCCGCGGCCUGGGAUGGGCUUUUGCAAUUGUACGUGUGGUUUCUCGAACGGCACCGCGUCAAGGCCGUUGGCAUCACGGGCGUAACCCUGAACACGGGGCGACAUUCGACCAGCAGCGGCGUCAAGAGCGGCGACCAAGACAAAGCCAUGAAAGAUGGAAAACCAAAGAUGCGCCCCGAGGCCAUGCUUAGCAUGCAGAUGAAGAAGGGUAUGGUUUCACGACUGGGCGGUCGCCCCCUAUGGCAGGAUGCGCAUGUGCAGUCGCACAGCGUCUAUCGCGGAAGCGUGGCGGUGGCCGUGAAGUUGGAUGCAACUUUGCCGCUCGAGCCAGGUGAUCGAGUCCAAAUCUGGCCGCCGAGAAAGAGAAAGACGCUGAACAGAGCAUCCUCACACCAUCGACGGUUGCGAGGCUCCUCUUGCCCGGAAGAUCAUGAUACAUCGUCAGGCGAGAGCGAUGAUGAUGGCGAGCCGAGGUUCUACUCCAUCGCCCGUGUCAUCCCAAACGUGUCCGGUACAACGAUGGAUUCUUCGCUCAACACUCGCCCGAGGGGCUGGUUUCCUCUUUCCUCAGCAGCGCUGCGCCAGGCACACAUCUGCGCCUUCGGCCUUGGCCUUCUCCCCGAUUCCGCCAGCCCCGCGACCUAG